AUGAAGCUGAUCAUUUUUCAGCCAGUCAAAACACACGAUUGCUCCGCUCGAGUGGAGCGCUGGUGUACGACGACGCUCUCUCGCUCGCUCGGUGUUCUGCGGCAGUCUGCGAUGGGUCGUGGCACUGCUCGUCGUGGAGGAGGCGGACGACGUGGUGGGCGUGGUGGACGAGGCGGUCGGGGUGGACGAGGACGAGGCGGACGCCAUGACGGCCCGGACUUCCGUGCUGCUGGCUACAACGACGGCGUACCGUGCAGUGUGGAUGAGUCUGUGGUCGGUAUCCGGCGCUUCCUGAUGCCAGAAGUGGGUGGAUUUCACGGAGCCACCAAGCAGCGCUACUCGGACUUUGUGGUGCGCGAGGUGGCGCUGGAUGGGCACGUGGUGACGCUGUCGGACGUCAAGCAGGUCGCACCUGCUGCAAAGUCGCAGAAGAUCAGUGAAGUCUUCAAGCACAAAGUGUUCGCCUUACUGAACGAUGCAGCCAAUGAGAAGAUGGACAUUUCACCACCAGUGCACACUCUGGUGGGCAAACUGGCUGGCACAUUGCUGGGCCUGUUUAACGCCAAUAACAGAGCGAGACUUGUGAAGGAAGAGAAGGCGAACGUGGAGAAACUCAAAGUGGCGAUUGGUGGAGUGUGUGGACAGGAGACAGCGGAGAAACUGGAGGAAUUUAUGCUGAAACUGGUGGCCGCACAGGUGAAGGAGGAGGAGGCCAAGAGACUGGCGAACAAAAUCAACAAGAACAAGAGUGAAGAGAAGAAGAAGGAGAGUGAAGUUUUGAGUGCGGAGGUGAAGAAGGAGGAGACGGAGACAGCCUUCUUCUUUCCUCCAAUUGAAGCCAAGGACACUCGAGCGGCAGUGCACGAGACAGUGCGUAGGUUUGGCAGUGGCACUGUGGUGUCCGACACGACAACGAACAGUAACGGGGUGUCAGUGAUUCGAGUGCGGCGAGUGAUGGUGGGCGGCAAGAAGCGGAAGGAUAUGGAUGGACGCGAAAGAAACAACGGCCGUGCACAGUGGCCGAAGAACCGUCCUGAUUAUCUCCAGUUUGUGCUCUACAAACGCAACAUGGAGACCAACAGCGUCAUGAUGCAGCUCGCCAAGGCCAUGAACUCGAACGUAUCAGCCUUCACGUAUGCUGGAACGAAGGACAAACGUGGCAUUACGACACAGCUCUGCACCGUCUACCGCGGAUCAAAGGAGCGACUGGAGACACUUAACCGUGCUGGCCGUGAGCUCGACUCUUUCAACUUCCUCGUGGGCAACGCCGAGUACGUCCCUGAACGCCUGAACCUUGGCGACUUACGCGGCAAUCGCUUCUCGCUGGCUAUUCGCGAUCUCCCUGAUGACGAGACUAUCUCAGACCAGCAGAUCCACGACGCAGUUCGAAGCUGGAGGGAGCACGGCUUCAUCAACUACUUUGGGCUGCAGCGCUUCGGCACCAAAGCCAUCGCCACCCACGAGAUCGGACGAGCUAUCUUGCAGCGCGACCACAAACGCGUUGUGGACUUGCUGCUGUGUCCGCAAGAGGGCGACGCGACAAAGAUUCGCGAGGCUCGUCAGGCAUUCCAAGACUACCAGGACGUGGGAGCUGCACUCAAGGCGCUUCCUCCGUAUCUGAUCGCUGAGCGCGCUGUGCUGCAAGGACUUGGUGCUCACGGGUUGACGGCGUACGCUACUGCGAUCCAGAGUAUCCCGCGUCAUCUGCGUAUGAUGUACACGCACUCGUACCAGAGUUACGUGUGGAAUACCGUGGCUAGUGAACGCCUGACUCAGUUCUCUAGAGAAUUACCUGUGGUGGGAGAUCUAGUCAUUCCUCAAGAUACAAUUACGGAAGAUUCCGUGGACGAGAGCGAGGAUGCCGGUGAGGAAGACGACGAUGGCCCUGCGAACAAGAAGCCACGGACGUCGACUGAAGCUUCGCGUCCGGAGGCAAAUGUCACCGUUGUUACGGAUGAGAACUUGAGCCAGUUUAGCAUCUACGACGUGGUGCUUCCGUUGCCUGGCUACAGCAUCAAGUACCCCGAGAACGCAUUGAAGCAGCGUUACGAGGAGAUUAUGAAGACGGACGACGUGAAUUUCCAAGCUCUGGAGCGUGCGACCAACUCGGAGUACCAUCUUCCAGGCUCCUACCGCCAUGUGAUCAGGAAACCUAUCGAUGUGGAACACGAACUCAAGCGGUUUAAUGACCCCACCAUCCCGCUUCUGGAAACGGACGUUGACCGUCUCGCCGGUCGCUCUGCACAGUCCUCCAUCCCUGAUGGCAAGUUCCGUGCUCUCUGUCUUGAGUUCCAGUUGGGUCCUUCCUCGUAUGCGACUAUGGCGGUUCGUGAGCUGCUCAAGCAGAGCAGUAAUCUCGGCGUGCAGCUGCAGUUGAAGCAGACACUGGAAGCUAAGAAGACACAACUAUAGAGCACGCACGGGGGGGAGGGGCGUUGCUAGAUAAAAUUCCUGUUAGAUAAGAGUAC